UCGACUUUCUAGAACUCUCUCUCUCUCUCUCUCUCUCUCUCUCUCUCUCUCCCAACUCAAUCCGCCGUUGAUCCCAAUUGGUUUAGAUCGCAUCUUCAGCCCUCCCGUUCCCGAGGAGAGAUCUUCCACCUGAAAGCAAUGUGAUCGUCGAUCGUCUUCUUUUCAAAGCAUCAGAGCAACGAGAUUGCAUUAUUUGUGCUGCGUUUGUCGUGUUCGUCCGUUAGAUUAUCACUCUCUUGGAUGUGAAAUGGACGGUAUUCAUGCGAGCGAUGGACGGAUGCAUAUGAGUCAUGCACAGCAUUCGAUGCACACACAAUCUGUGCAAGAACAGGAACAUCAUGACCUGCAUUACAUGAGUAAUGGGAAUGGAAUGGCCGAUGAGCAUGAAAAUGAAGGUCACGGUAUCAUGGUUGUGGAAAGGGAAGCUCCAUCCGACCAUGGUGAUCUUGCCGAGAAUCGUGGUGUAAUGGUGGAUCGAGGAGGCGAUAACUGCGAUCAGCUUACCCUGUCAUAUCAGGGUCAAGUUUAUGUUUUCGAUUCUGUCUCGCCCGAAAAGGUUCAAGCCGUGUUAUUAUUAUUGGGAGGUCGCGAAGUACCUUUGCGUGUUCCCUCAAUCCCAAUAACUAAUCAACCAAAUGAUAGGCAUCUCACUGAUGAAGCAUUUAACCAGGCACUUGCCAUCCCCCCACGUCUAAGUGUCCCUCAGAGAUUAGCUUCUUUGAUUAGAUUUCGUGAAAAGCGAAAGGAACGUAAUUUUGACAAGAAAAUUCGGUAUACAGUUCGUAAAGAGGUAGCACUUAGGAUGCAGCGUAAUAAAGGUCAGUUCACAUCUUCCAAACCCAUUCAGGAAGAUUCAUUAUCGGCCACAACAAGUUGGGAAUCAAAUGAGACUUGGUGUUCUGAUGGAAAUGGAUCCCAUCAACAAGAAAUUCUCUGUCGACAUUGUGGUAUUAGUGAGAAGUCUACACCAAUGAUGCGACGUGGACCUGAUGGGCCAAGAACCCUUUGCAAUGCCUGCGGACUCAUGUGGGCAAACAAGGUAUAUUUCUUCUGUAUUGGUCAGAGUUCAGCACGACUCUGAAAAUGAUAUGCUGCAUUUAGCUGCUCUGAUUUCCGUUCUAGAAAUUCUUUUCCUGAAGGCUGUUAGGUAGUGAACAGCCCGUUCUUAUAUUUUAGUUUCCGUUUCUUCUAAUUUGCGUUGCUGACUGUAAGGGAACUCUGCGGGACCUCUCAAAAGCACCAAACCAGGGUGGACAAGCUUCAAGCUUCAAUAGGAAUGAGAAUGUUGUGCAGAAUGGAGAUUCUGAGUCCAACCCAAAAAGUGCAUAGGAAUUGUGACAGGUGUUUAUGAUUGCUGUUUCGAAAUUUAGCAAAAUCAUACAACCUUAAUUUCUCCCACAGAUUAGUUUGAAACGGAUUAAAAACUUCUCAUCGAUGGCUAUGAAUCAUGAAUCCCAUCCAUCGACAGAGACCCUUGUGGCCAAUUCAUCUUGGAAACGACGGUAUCGUGGACGUGUACUAAUUUAAUAGCUCUUCUUAUCAUAUUGUGAACCAUUUCAACAUGUCAAAAUUCCUAGAAUCUUGUAAAUUAGCAUUUGCUGCGCUUGUACAAUGGCAUGGUCAUUUUAAUCCAUUUCAUUUUUGUCCAGUAUUUUCUCUUGCACAGAGUUCUACCUCCCAAAUAUGAAUGAUGCAAGUUUUGACUAUGAAAUCACUCAGUUCUUUGUCGAGUCCACAACACGACCACAAAUCCCGUGCAACGAAAUAAGAUGCACAUUUGAAUCAUAUACUUAAUUUUGUUUUUAUUGAUUUUCUGCAUUCUGCACUUCUCGCAAGGGCAGCUGAAAAACACGUUUGGAACAGGGUAAAAUGGAUGCAAACAAUCAUAUCCUUAAUUAGAAAGCACCCUACUACUAGAUUCACUGGAUUGUGUCUUCCUGCACAAGACGAAGGCGUGGACGAGUCUCUGGGCAGCCCGAAUCUGAUCUGGUGUGCCAGACACGAUCACUUUGCCAUCAAACAUCCCAGGUUUAGCAUGAUUAACCACCACCAUUGCCCCCUUAUAUAUAUCUGCCACAGUAACAUACAACUUACAAACUCAUUGAAGGCAAAACACAAUAUGUGCCUAACUGUCGUAUUCGACUAACCUGCUGAACAUGAACAAUCUCCAUAGACGUGCCUCCCAGAAAACGAGCUGGACCCCCGCUGUUCUAAGAAAAUUUAUACAAAGACGAUGUAAUUCAAACCGUAUAAACACUUAAAACACAAUACUACAUACACUUCU